AUGGCCAAGGCGCUGCGAAAACGGGUUUCGCGCGCGGCUCCGAAAACGGAUCGGAAAAGUCCAGCGGUGGCCAGUAAUCGAAUUAGUACUGCUGCUUUAGAUGAAACGAGAGUUCCAGCAAUUCAGGAAUUUCAGGACCUCGUAGAUUUGCAAAGAAAUGAAUUUGAAAAUGUAAAAAUGGGUUUAUCCCAGCAAAAUGUGCAACUGGCACGAUGCAAUAGUGAACUUAUGAUCAAAGUACGUGAAAUGGACAAAUCGGUCAGCGAGCUCAUUCAGGAAAACGUGUGCUUGCGCUCGAAACUGUCAUUGAAGGAACAUGAGUUCAAAGAGAGAUUAGCAAGUACGAUCGAAUCGCUAGAAGAAGGAGUCUUGCAGCGAUUCGAUGAGCUAUUGCAUAUGUUUGAGUCCGUACGCCGGCGACAGGGCUUAGAAGUACCGCAUGACUCACUCGUGAGGCGAUCCGCCCUCCUGAACGAACCUAGGUCGAUUUUGAAAAGGGAUCGAUCGCGACAUAGCCGCGAUACGUCCACUACAACCAUAGCAUUCAACGAAAGCCGCAACCAGAUAAUCUCACCAGAGCCUGGGAACUCACAUAAUAAGCCUUCAGAAGAAGCAGUUGCAAGCCCAUCCGCUAAGAAAAGACGGAAGAGUUCACGGAGAGAAUCGUUAUUUCACCCUUCCGACUUUGAAUUCGCCGAUAUAGCCACCAAUGAAGACACGACCACCGCAGCUCAAGAAGCUGUUUCAGGCAUACCCACCGAGGCCACAAUGGACGAACAAAUCACAUCAUCUCGAAAGAGCUUUGAAGAAUCCAUAACAGAUACCGACCUGCCACAGCAGCCGCAUCACGACUCUGUAGAAGAGUCCUGUAAUUUUACAAACUCUCUCAUCGAGUAUUCAAUACCGGAGGAACUGCCCGAAAAGCAUGUUGAAACCUCCGUUACUUCAGAUUCUGCAAAGCUUCAAGUCUACCAUGACAUCGAGGAACAACCUCAGAGAGUAGACUCACGACUAUUACCUGAUUCAAUGGCAAAUUCUGCAUCAAGAGCUCAUGCAGUGAGCGGUGAGCCGCAGCGCAUGUCAUUUGAACAAAACACAACGUCUUCCCAAAAGAAGGUGAAGCACUCAAUGAAAUCCAGAGUAUCCCAGAGGCGGAUUGUUGAUGAGGUUAUGCCAACCACAUGCGGGUCUACUGAGGAUCUUUCGGACUCUUCCAGGCUGAGAAGGACUCGUGGUAAAGAAAUCAAUUACGCCUUGCCCUCCUUGCGUGCCAAAAUGAGAAGACCCACAGAAAAAUUGGUGGAUGCAACUACGGUUACCAACAUUCGUGACCUUCAAGUUGAAGGCAAUCGUCGUAAAUCGGGUUCGUAUUCCAGGGAUGGCUCGCCAUUAAUUCACGAAGAUCAAGCCGACAACUCUAAGACGAAUGAUCCGAAAAAGACGCCCGAACCUUCGCAACAAGUUCAAGAAACUUCUAAUUUAUCGACUGCUGCACAAGAAUCAGCCAAAGCCACUGUAAUUGUACCUCAGAAACCUAAGAUCAGCGCAUUUUCUCCAAAAAUACCUAAAAUGAAUCCACUGAAAGACAUCACCAACAAUAAUGCACCUGCAAAAUCAUCCAUGAAAACCAAAAAGCUGUUCAAGAAGCCAAUAGUUGGCGAUUUGGGCGGUGAGAACUCCAAUAGCUUUGACGACAGUUCCGGAAACCGCAGCACAAGCUUUAGAGUUAAUGAAGAAGAUCUAUCGCUAUUUAACUUGCUUGACGAUUUGAAAACGCACACAGUGCCCAAAACGCAUAGAGCCAAAGCAAGACAAGAAGCUGAAAAGCACGGCAAAAAACCAGCAUUCAGAUUGUAG